GGCUGAGGGGAGGCGGGGCCGGCGCGAAGCGGCCCGAGACUCGGACGGCGCAACAGGCACUGGGAGCGGACGGCGGCCGCGUAGUGAGCAAUGGCUUGAGCCCCCAUGGCUGCCCCUCAGGACCUGGACAUCGCUGUGUGGCUGGCCACGGUGCACCUGGAGCAGUAUGCAGACACGUUCCGGCGGCAUGGCCUGGCCACGGCGGGUGCAGCCCGGGGCCUGGGCCACGACGAGUUGAGGCAGUUGGGCAUCAGCGCCACAGGGCACCGGAAACGCAUUCUGCGCCUGCUGCAGGCAGGUGCUGCAGAGGGCUCCCUGGGUCCCCAGUCGGACAGUGCCAUGGAGCCAUCCCCUAGCCUAGCGCCCCAAGCCCAGACCCCCAAGCCUGUGCCUAAGCCCAGGACGGUAUUUGGUGGGCUUAGUGGCCCUACUGCCACCCAAAGGGCUGGAGUGAGCCCAGCCCUCUGGAGACCCGAAGUGUCCAGGAACCCAGAGUCCAGCCCCAAGUCCCCACUUCUCCCCACCUCCUCCUCCGAGCAAAUUUCAGCCUUGAAUGCUAUGGAGAUGAUGCCCAACACCAUCUACUUUGGCCUGGACUUAAGAGGCGGGGCCCAGACAGCUCAGGACAUGGCCCCAGAUAGCUCCCAGGCAGCUGCCCCUACCCCUGCCCUCAGGCCCACGGCAGGCACAGUACACAUCAUGGACCCUGGUUGCCUGUACUAUGGUGUCCAGCCUGUGGGAGCCCCAGGACCCGCGGACAGGAGAGAAGGCAGAGGUGUCUGUCAGGACAGGGCUGAACAAAGGCUUAGCCGGCAGGAUCUGGAGGCACGGGAGGACGCGGGCUAUGCCAGCCUUGAGCUGCCUGGGGAUUCCACCCUCUCACUACCCACCCUGGAUGUGGAAACCAACGAUGACCUCAUUUCACCCUAUGCCAGCUUCUCCUCCACGGCAGACCGCCCCUCACCCCUUCUCAGUGGCUGGCUAGACAAGCUCUCCCCUCAGGGAAACUACGUUUUCCAGAGGCGCUUUGUGCAGUUCAAUGGAAGGAGUCUCAUGUACUUUGGCAGUGACAAGGAUCCCUUCCCCAAGGGGGUGAUCCCUCUCACUGCCAUCGAGAUGACCCGCAGCAGCAAGGACAACAAGUUCCAGGUCAUCACAGGCCAGAGGGUAUUUGUGUUUCGCACAGAGAGCGAGGCCCAGCGGGACACAUGGUGUUCCACUCUGCAAUCCUGCCUGAGGGAGCAGCGCCUCCUGGGCAACCCCCGGCCCCCUCAGCCACCCCGACCCCUCCGCACAGGCAUGCUGGAGCUUCGAGGACACAAGGCCAAGGUUUUUGCUGCUUUGAGCCCUGGAGAGCUGGCGCUAUACAAGAGUGAGCAGGCCUUUUCUUUGGGCAUCGGGAUCUGCUUCAUUGAACUGCAAGGCUGCAGCGUCCGGGAGACCAAGAGCCGCAGCUUUGAUCUGCUCACCCCCCAUCGCUGCUUCAGCUUCACAGCCGAGUCUGGGGGGGCUCGGCAGAGCUGGGCGGCCGCUCUGCAGGAAGCAGUAACCGAGACCCUGUCUGACUACGAGGUGGCUGAGAAAAUCUGGUCCAAUCGGGCAAACCGGCACUGUGCGGACUGUGGGGCCUCCCGCCCAGACUGGGCUGCUGUCAACCUGGGGGUGGUCAUCUGCAAGCAGUGCGCAGGUCAGCACCGGGCCCUGGGUUCUGGGAUCUCCAAGGUACAGAGCCUGAAGCUGGACACGAGUGUUUGGAGUAAUGAGAUAGUGCAGUUGUUCAUUGUCCUGGGAAAUGAUCGUGCCAACCGCUUCUGGGCAGGGGCACUACCCCUAGGCGAGGGGCUGCAUCCAGACACAAGCCCAGGGCCCCGGGGAGAGUUCAUCUCUCGGAAGUACCGCCUGGGUCUCUACCGGAAGCCCCACCCUCAGUAUCCAGAUCAUAGUCAGCUUCUUCAGGCACUGUGUGCCGCUGUGGCAGGACCCAACCUGCUGAAGAACAUGACCCAGCUCCUCUGUGUUGAGGCCUCCGAGGGCGAGGAGCCCUGGUCCCCCGCAGCCCUCGAUGGCAGCCUCCCCGGUCUCCAGCUCCCAGACCCUUCCCCUGGUGUAUACAAUGAGGUGGUGGUGCCUGCCACUUACAGCAGCUUCCUGUACUGUGGUCCCAUCAGCAACAAAGCUGGACCCCCACCUCCUCGCAGGGGCCGGGAUGCUCCCCCCAGACUAUGGUGUGUGCUGAGAGCGGCUCUGGAAAUGUUUGCGUCAGAAAGCAGCCCUGAACCCCUCAGCCUCAUCCAGCCCCAGGAUGUUGUAUGUUUGGGUGUGAGUCCCCCACCCACAGACCCAGGUGACCUCGACAGAUUCCCCUUUUCCUUUGAGCUCAUCCUAACCGGGGGAAGGAUCCAGCAUUUUGGCACAGAUGGAGCUGACAGUCUGGAGGCCUGGACCAGUGCUGUGGGCAAGUGGUUCUCCCCGCUGAGCUGCCACCAGCUGUUGGGCCCCGGGCUGCUGCGGCUGGGCCGCCUGUGGCUGCGCUCUCCCACCCAUUCAGCCUUGGCCCCUGGCCUCUGGCUGUCAGGGUUCGGACUUCUUCGUGGUGAUCUCCUCUUCCUGUGUCCAGCAUCGGGCCCUGGCCCUCCAGCCCCUGAGGACAUGGUGCAUCUGCGGCGGCUACAGGAAAUCAGUGUGGUUUCAGCAGCUGACACCCCAGACAAGAAGGAGCAUUUGGUCCUGGUGGAGACAGGAAGGACCCUGUAUCUGCAGGGGGAGGGCCGGCUGGAUUUCUCAGCAUGGAACGCAGCCAUUGAGGGGGCAGCUGGCGGGGGCGGCACAGGGCUGCAGGAGCAGCAGAUGAGCCGGGGUGACAUUCCCAUCAUCGUGGAUGCCUGCAUCAGUUUUGUCACCCAGCACGGGCUCCAGCUGGAGGGCAUAUACCGGAAAGGAGGUGCCCGUGCCCGUAGCCUUCGGCUCCUGGCUGAAUUCCGGCGGGAUGCCCGGUCAGUGAAGCUCCGGCCAGGAGAACACUUUGUGGAAGAUGUCACUGAUACACUCAAACGCUUCUUUCGAGAGCUCGAUGACCCUGUGACCUCUGCACGGCUGUUGCCUCGCUGGAGGGAGGCUGCUGAGCUACCCCAGAAGAAUCAGCGCCUGGAGAAAUACAAAGAAGUAAUUGGCUGCUUGCCCCAGGUCAACCGCCGCACGCUUGCUACCCUCAUCGGGCAUCUCUAUCGGGUACAAAAGUGUGCCGCUCUAAACCAGAUGUGCACGCGCAACCUGGCCCUGCUGUUCGCACCCAGUGUGUUCCAGACAGACGGGCGGGGGGAGCAUGAGGUGCGGGUGCUGCAGGAACUCAUCGAUGACUACGUCUCUGUCUUUGAUAUUGAUUCUGACCAGGUAGCUCAGAUUGACUUGGAGGUCAGUCUUAUCACCACCUGGAAGGAUGUACAGCUGUCCCAGGCUGGAGACCUCAUCAUGGAGGUUUAUAUAGAACAGCAGCUCCCAGACAACUGUGUCACCCUAAAGGUGUCUCCAACACUGACUGCCGAGGAGCUAACCAACCAGGUAUUGGAGAUGCGGGGGACAGAGGCUGGGAUGGACUUGUGGGUGACGUUUGAGAUCCGUGAGCACGGGGAACUCGAGCGGCCACUUCACCCCAAGGAGAGGGUCCUAGAGCAGGCCCUUCAAUGGUGCCAGCUGCCAGAGCCCUGCUCGGCCUCCUUGCUCUUGAGAAAAGUCUCCCUGGCCCAGGCUGGCUGCCUCUUCACAGGUAUCCGGCGCGAGAGCCCGAGGGUGGGUCUGUUGCGGUGUCGGGAGGAGCCACCCCGCUUACUGGGCAACCGCUUCCAGGAGAGGUUCUUUCUACUGCGUGGCCGCUGCUUGCUGCUGCUCAAGGAAAAGAAGAGCUCUAAACCAGAACGAGAGUGGCCCUUAGAAGGUUCCAAAGUCUACCUGGGAAUCCGAAAGAAGUUUAAGCCUCCAACACCGUGGGGCUUCACGCUGAUACUGGAGAAGAUGCAGCUAUACCUGUCCUGCACUAAUGAGGAUGAGAUGUGGGACUGGACCACCAGCAUCCUCAAAGCCCAGCACGAUGACCAGCAGCCAGUGGUCUUACGACGCCAUUCCUCCUCUGACCUUGCCCGUCAGAAGUUUGGCACCAUGCCUUUGCUGCCCAUCAGAGGAGAUGACAGUGGGGCCACCCUUCUCUCUGCCAACCAGACCCUGAGGCGACUUCACAACCGGAGGACCCUGUCCAUGUUCUUUCCAAUGAAGUCAUCCCAGGGGUCUGUGGAGGAGCAGGAGGAACUGGAGGAGCCUGUCUAUGAGGAGCCGGUGUAUGAAGAAGUGGGGGCCUUUCCUGAGCUGACCAAGGACACCUCUACCUCCUUCUCCACGAUGAGAGAAAAGACAGCCAACCCAGAGACCCCUCUCAUCAGCCAGAGGUCCUUUGACAAACCCCCUUUCCCCAAGGCAGGUGGCCUGGACCCAGAGCAGAGGCCACCUGAGCCCCCUCCCGGACCCCCUUCAAAGAGCAGCCCCCAGGCACAUGGGUCCCUAGAGGAGCAGCUGCUCCAGGAGCUGAGCAGCCUCAUCCUGAGGAAAGGAGAGACUGCCAUAGGCCUGGGCAGCCCCCCGCAGCCCUCCAGCCCCCAGUCCCCAAACUCCAAUGGCCUUCUGACACAAACACCUGGCUUUCCCACCCAACCUUCCAGUUCACCCUCCAGCCAGCCCCUCACAUGACCCUCAGACGAGUAGUCUGAAGGGGAGGGUAACCAGAAGACCCAAGUUCUCACCAUGGCAGACACUGCCGGGAGCCUCCUCUGCUCUGGCUGGAAAGGCUCCAGAAGCCAGUGUGGUGCUAUGGAAAGAGCACAGGAUUAAGGGCUCUGGACUCUCCUGCCUAGAGAGGGUCAGACUAUGGUCCCUCACUGAACCUUCACUCACUUAUAUGUACCAUGAAGUCACUGAAAUAAGGAGCCAGGGAACAUCCAACUGUUUCUUAGAGCUGUAAGCCCCACAUAACUUCCCUCAACAAGUUGAGGGAACUCCUGCUUUAUAUAUAUGAUAUGCAGGAGUUCUGUAAGAGGUUUGGGGUUUGAAAGGAAUAGUUUUUACUGCACUAAGGAAAAAAGGAUUUGGAAGCCAGAAAGCUGAAUGAUCUCCAAGUCUAUCUAACCCCAAUUCCUACAUUUGGGGACUAUGCUGAAGACCUAGAGGGUGGAGGUUGAUUGGGGUUGGGAGCUGGGGUGAAGAGGAGCCAAAAAGGAUGUGUCACUGUUAAUAAAUCUUGGAACCAGAAA